AUGGGUAAACAGGCCCCCGAGAACGAGCUGAUGAAGGGGAGCGAGCGCGUGGUGUCCGAGGCCGAGCUUCGAGUGCGACGUUCCCUCCAGCGCCUGCACGUUCCCGAGUGGAUGAAGAACGCUCCUCCUUCGGAACGGAGUUUUCUCCUGAAGAAGCGGGAUUCCGGUGGAGGAGGAGGUGGAGGAGGAGGUGGAGGUGGUGGAGGAGGAGGUGGUUGGGCGGCUUAUUCCUCGACGUCGUCCUCGAAGGCCGGGUCUCUCUCGUCCUUGGGCUCCGCCCGCUCGAGUUACAUCUCGGGCAAGCUGGUCAUCCCGACCCGCGUGACGUCAUCGAGAGGCGGGAUGACGUCAUCGUUCGGAGGAGGAGGAGGGGCGAGGCCUGACGUUCCCCACCCCCCCGCCUCCUUCUCCAAACUCCCGGGCUCCGCCUCCGUCAGCCCCUCCCCCAGCGACAAAAUCUCCCUGUUCACGUAUCCCUCAGGGCGAUGGGGAUCCUCCCGCCUCAACUCCGCCAGCGUCACGCCCACGGGCUCCGUCCGCACGCUGACCACGCCCACGGGCUCCGUCCGCACGCUGACCACGCCCACGGGGCUCUCCCGGACGCCCUACCUCGGCUGGCGCUCCCAAACGUCCCUCUCGGGGUCCCAGACGUCGAUUUUGGGAUCGUACAUGACCCCCGCCGAGAGGCUGGCGCUCGGGGCGACGUCGUACCCCUUUUUAGGGGAGAAGGAAGAAGGAGGAGGAGGAGGGGAGAGGGAGAAGGGCGAGGAGAGGACGAGAGGAGAGGAGAAGGAAGAGAGGGGAGGAGAGAGAGGCGAGAGGGUCGGCAGAGGCGCGGACGAAGACGGGGAGAGGGAGAGAACGGGCGAUGAAGGAGGGAGAGAGAGGGAGGAGGACGUGCACUCCUCCAUCCGGGAGGUGACCUCUGCAAUCGUGCACUAUUGCAAGGACUCCAGCCCGUCCCCGAGGGCCGCGCGGGGUCAGAGGUCACGCCCGGGUCACCCGCCGCCUCCCGUGCCUUCCAGGGGAGGUCAAGAGAGGCCAAGGACGCCUCUCGAAGGUCAAGAGAGGCCAAGGACGCCUCUCGAAGGUCAUGCGAGGUCAAGGACGCCCGUCGAAGGUCAAGAAAGGUCAAACUCCGCCCUAGACGAACAGGAGAGAUUAUUCAACCUUGAGAGCCAGGUCGAAGGUCAGAGAAGAUCGCCGGCACCCUUGGAAGGUCAGCUGAGGUCAGAUUCACCCCUGGGAGGUCAAAUGAGGUCAAACUCACCCCUGGGAGGUCAGCUGAGAUCCAACUCACCCCUGGGAGGUCAGCUGAGGUCAGAUUCACCCCUGGGAGGUCAGGUCAGGUCAAAUUCACCGCGUCGGCUGGUGUGGGUCGAGAGCUCCUUCGUCGGGUCGAGACCCAUUCAUUCUCCCGAGACGCCCACGGCCUCCACGCACGCCCUCGCCACGCCCACGCCCACCUCGGAGGUCGUGGGCCUCUCUGCGGUCAACGGCGAGGGGUCAGGUCAGGUCAGGCGGGAAGAGGAGGCGACCAUGAGACCCAAAAACGCCACUCCAGGUGAGUACCUCUUGGCUUGGUGACCUGGGUUGACCUUGGGAUGACCAAAGGUAACCUGGAAGAUCGUGAGGACCUGGGUAGCCUUGAGGUGACCUGGGUAGCCUUGAGGUGACCUGGGUUGACCUUGGGAUGACCUAGGAUUACCUGAGAAGAUCUCGUGUCCGUGAAUUGGGUCGGAAAAGGUCACUGGGUGAUCUUAAGUGACCUGGGAUACUCGCCAGGUCACUAAGAUCAUCUUAAGUGACCUGGGAUACUUGUCAGGGCACGGAGAUGCUGGGGAAAAAAUCUGGUCAUAUCAGGUCAUAGUG